CUGAAAUACUACUAAAACUAACGUUGAGCGAGGUGUUUUACCAGGUUACUUUUCUAGCUAUAAGUAAUAGUUUCAGCUCCAAUGAAGUGAUUCCAAAUCAUCAGUGAACUGCAGCUUCAGACUGAUACUGAAGGGAAUAGAUACAGGACUUUCCCUCCCAGUAAAAAGCCAAUGAAGUCUUGCAACUUCCUAUUCAACAUUUAAGGUUUCUGUGAUGUCGGGACAAUUAAAGAAUGACACUGGGCAAAGGAAACUGAGGGUAACCCUUUUGAGUGCUGAAUGGAAAGCUUCAAGCAAUGGAGACUGGACAAUCAUCAACAGAGAACUAGCAAUACAGAUGGCUAAACAUCCCAAUGUGGAAGUCAGUGUCUUCUUACCUCAGUGUAGUGAAGAGGACAAGAAAGAUGCUGAUAGUUACAAUGUUAAACUCAUUGAAGCUGUUAAACUGUCUGGUUUUGAACCAGUUCUUUGGCUAGCCUCUGUACCUGAUGGCCAUGCUAUAGAUUGUAUUCUAGGGCAUGGAGUAGCUCUUGGUCGGCUAAUUCCACUCAUAAAGAAAAAUCCAAAUUACAAUCAUUGCAAAUGGAUUCAAGUUGUCCAUACUGCCCCUGAAGAAAUAGGCAUUUACAAAAGCAUUUCUGAAGGUCAACAAAUGCAGAAAACAGAAAUAGAACUAUGUGAAAUGGCUGAUCAAGUCGUAACAAUUGGCCCCAAACUAACUGAUGCAUAUAAGCACCAACUCGGACAACAGGAUGUUUUUAAUCUGACGCCAAGCAUAUUCCCUGAAUUUUCAGAUGUGCAGCAAGCAAGCGAUGAAAGAAGAACGUUUUGUGUCUUGGUAAUUGAGAGUGGUAAUAGUGAAGAUUUUGAUGUUAAAGGAUAUGACAUUGUAGCAAAAGCUAUUGCUAACCUUAAGGAUAAAUCUUACCAACUCAAGUUUGCUUCCAAACAGAGAGGAAAGGAAGAUGAAUUAGCAGAAAAGUUACUUCAGUGUGGUAUUGAUCGUAAUCAACUAAUUAUCUGCAGCUUUGAUGAAAACAGGAAAACAUUAGCCAACUUAUUCUCUGCAGUGGAUAUUGCCAUUUUGCCCUCAAAAACUGAAGGGUUCGGGUUAAGCGCUCUUGAAGCCAUAUCUGCUGGUCUUCCAGUACUUGUCAGUGGUAACUCAGGUAUUGCAGAAGCAUUAAGGGAGGUGCCUAAUGGGUCACAGUGUAUAGUGGAUUCAGAGGAUCCUGUAGACUGGGCCAGAGCAAUAAAGGCUGUGUGUGACAAAAAAAGGAAUGUACGACUUGCAGAGGCAGAGAUUCUUCGUGAAAACUAUAUGCAGCAGUUCAGCUGGGAGAAGCCUUGUGAUUUCCUAGUUAAAAAGAUGUACAAUCUUGCAUUUGGUGGUGAAAUGAAUAUUAAGGUUGAUGUGGAUGACUUGAAACCUGAAGAACAGAAUAUGCAGACUGGCAUGUUGGCAACAGAGUCUGUCAGACAGCAAGAGGUUCAGCAGCCUGGGGCAUCUGCAACAUCAGCUGCAUCUGGAAGUGUGUCUUAUCCACAGACAGAAGAUCUUCAGGCCCUUAAAGAGGAACUCUUCAUAUCAAUUGUUAGAAAUUAUCUCCAGACCACACCACCACGUUCCAGUGAAGAGCACAAUAGGUUUAAGGAGUAUGUAAAAGAAAUGAGGCUCAUCAUUACUGGUGUUGCUGUAGGAAGUUUGGUGAUAACAGUGAAGUGUGAAUCUCUAAUAAUCUUGGAGGAGUUGUGGACAGAUUACUCAUCUGGUCAUCUUGGUGAAGUAGUUCAGAAUUGUUUUGUCACUGAAAAGAUCUUGAAGGAACUGAACGUGGCUGAGCUGAGGCUGAAGACAACAAUGGACAUAGAAGAGUACAAUGCAUGCAAAAUGUUCUUUGUGAAAGAUGCACUUAGAGAUGCUCUAUCCUCUGACUUCCACUCCACAAGUUCAACCAGUGAAAGUCCACAAAAAAAUGAGCAAUGGGAAAAAAGUGAACGGAAGAAAAAGAUUAUGGAGACAGCAAGAUUGGAAGGUACUUCACCCCUCACUGUAAUACCCACCACUGGUCAUGGAAAAGAACUAGAAGAACUGUGGGGAAGGAAAGGUGAACAGGAUGCUCAGUUUGAACUUAUUUUUCAAGUUAAUGUAAUUAAAACAUGUUGCUCAUUGUGUUCAGCUAUUAAUCCUGGUGGAAAGUUGUAUUCUAUUGAAAGUUAUGGACUAUUUAAGGUUCUUCAUGUUGGUUGAGGUU